ACUUCACCCCCUCCUCCCUCCCUCCUUUCGGGACAUUGUUCACUUCUUCCAGAAAUUCCGUCCCGAUUCCUGAAUUUUUUUCAUUAAUAUAUACGAAUAUAUUGAAGUUUACAUGUUUUUGAGACUUGAAUACUCUGAAAAAUUCAAUGUCUUCCUUCAAACCUCAGUUUUUUCUCAUAUUUUUUGUGUUAUUCUCCUUGCAGACAGCAUGCAGAUCAACAGAGACUUUUAACAUUACCAGGCCCAAGCACAAAUGGGUCGGACCUUCCGGUAAUCUCACUAUCCAUGUCGAUCUUCACGGCUCCGGUGACUUCAAGUCCGUCCAAGCUGCCGUAGACUCCAUCCCCAACUACAACCAAAAGAAUGUGUUGAUCAAAAUUGCCGCCGGCUGUUACAUAGAGAAAGUUGUGGUACCAGCGUCAAAGCCAUAUAUAACAUUCCAAGGAGCAGGGAGGGAUCGGACCGCAAUCGAGUGGCAUGACAGAGCAAGUGACCGUGGACCGGACGGCCAACAGCUCCGUACUUAUCAAACAGCCUCCGUCACCGUCUUCGCCUCCUAUUUUUCGGCCAAAAACAUAAGCUUCAAGAAUACUGCACCGGCACCUAUGCCCGGGCUAGAAGGAUGGCAGGCUGCAGCAUUUCGGAUAUCCGGAGACAAGGCGUUCUUCUCCGGCUGCGGAUUCUACGGGGCACAAGACACUCUCUGCGACGACGCUGGGCGCCACUAUUUCAAGGAUUGUUACAUUGAAGGCUCUAUUGAUUUCAUAUUUGGCAAUGGUCGUUCCAUGUACAAGGAUUGCCAACUGCAUUCUAUUGCAACAAGAUUUGGGUCCAUUGCAGCUCAAGACAGGAACUGUCCGGACGAGAAGACUGGCUUUGCCUUUGUGCAUUGCAGGGUCACAGGCACAGGUCCGCUCUACGUUGGCCGCGCCAUGGGGCAGUACUCGAGGAUCGUCUUCUCCUACACAUAUUUUGCCAGCAUUGUGGCUCGCGGCGGCUGGGACGACUGGGACCACGCCAGCAACAAGAACAAGACUGCAUUUUUUGGGGUGUACAAGUGCUAUGGGCCAGGAGCAGCAGCAGUGAGUGGUGCAUCAUGGGCCAGAGAGCUGGAUUACGAGACGGCCCAUCCGUUUCUUGCUAAAAGUUUUGUCAAUGGAAGGCAUUGGAUUGCACCCACAGAUGCAUAGAUUCAUUCUCCAGUACAAGCCUCGAAUUUUAUAAUUUUUUUAUUUAUUUUACAAGUUACAUAUUUGGCACAUUCAUUUAUAGCUACCGAACUGAUCCCCCAUACAGAUUUGAUUGUAUUAUAUAUUCAUCAAGGCCAAUGUAAAUCAUUUCAUGACAAAGUGCAUUGAAUUUGCUUUAA